AUGAUGGACAACCAGGACUUUGAGGUCAUCGAAGGAAGCCUGAUUUCUUCCACCACCUCAGACUACGAGGUCCAGGACCUCCUUGGAUCUGGCACCUAUGGAGAGGUUGCCAAGUGCAGAAAGGUAGCCACUGGUGAAAUGGUGGCUUUAAAAAUCCUUAAAAGCACAAGUGGCAUUGAGGAUGCAAAGAAAGAGGCGGCCACCCUUGAAUGGAUGAAAGAUCUCAACUCAGACAAGUUCAACAUCAUCACACUGAACGACUCCUUCACCUUUAAGGGACGUUAUUGUCUUGAGUUUGAGAAACUGGACAUCAAUCUGUAUCAAUUCACAGAGAUAAGGCCUCUUGAGUUGAACGAGAUCCGCCCCAUAGUGCAACAGUUGGCCAGUGCUCUGGACUUUCUGAAGACCGUAGGAGUCAUACAUGCAGAUCUAAAGCCAGAGAAUAUUAUGAUGGUGGACCAUGUACGGCAGCCAUUAAAAGUCAAAGUCAUCGACUUUGGCAUAGCAUGUCAAGACCCCGAGGGAAAAACAGGGGUGAUUCUUCAGAGCCUGUGGUACAGAGCUCCAGAGCUCCUGCUGGGAUGUCCUUUCAACGAGGCCAUCGACGUGUGGUCUCUGGCCUGCAUCGCUGUCGAAAUGUUAAGAGGCAUUCCAUUGUUCCCAGGCUGCAAUGAAUAUGAUAUGACAUUUGAAAACCUACCAGAUGAAGAUGCCGACGCAUACCAGUGCGACAGGGCGAACUUUGUCGAAUUGUUAAAGAAGAUGCUGACGGUGGACGCUUUUGACAGAAUCACGCCUAGUGAGAUCCUCCAGCAUCCUUUUAUCACAAUGAGCCACCUUAUUGGUGAAUUCGACAGCAGCCCUUAUGUGACAUCUUCUAUGGAGAUGAUGACAAUACGUGAGAUUCAGAGCUCUGAUGACGGCGAGGAGGCGACCUACAACAGCCCGGCCUUCUACUCUGAGGAGAGUAACUUUGCUUGGCUGAGCGACGUGGAGCAACCCUGCCUGCACAGCACCGUCGCCGAGGAAAACAGUCCGGCACAGAAGAGGAAAAGGGGUGAUUCUGAUGAUUCUGAGUGCGGCAACAAAAGCCCAAACACCACCAAGAGGCAGAGGAGUGAACGCCUGGACACAGCACAGAAAGUUGUGCUAACAAGCCCACUGCUGCUCAAAAGAAAGAGAGAUAAAGCAGCUUCAUGCUCAGCCUCUUACGGCAACCCCCCACCAAAAUGCUCAGACAUCACCAAGAGACGGAGGACUGACUGCAUGUACACAGCAGAAACGGCUGGGCAAAUAAGUCCACUACUGCUCAAAAGGAAGAGUGACGAAGCAGAGCCCGCUCAACCUCUGAUAGCCACUUACCGCUGA